CCAACCCUGUCGGGCCCCCCGACACGCCCACCGACUGUGUCAUCCGGAACCGUACGCAAGCGUCCCUGCACAUCCUGUGCGUGGCCGGCACGGCCGGCGGCUACCCCCAACUCUUCCACCUGGAGGCCUACCAGGCGCGCACCCACGUGCUGCUCUCGAACCUUACCAAUGGCCAGCCGGAGUUUGUGCUGGGCAGCCUGGGGCCGGGUGAGGAGGUGGUGGUUCACGUGUACGCGGUGUCGGACCGGGGCAAGAGCGGACUGGUGACGCUCGAGGCCGACACGCUCAAGGUGGCCGAACUGAAAACGCGACAAGACGGCGACGAAGAAGGAUUCCAGUUUACGCCGCUGGUGGGAAUCCUCCUGGGCGCGAUCACCGUUCUUCUGCUGAUCGCGUUGGCCUUCGUGCUGACGCUGAGGCGGGUCAGGUCCCGGGAGCUGAGGUCAGCACGCCGCGACACCGAGGAGAGCCGCCAGAAAAUGCUCAGCAUGGGCUCUCUGGACAACGACUGCGUCGGCGACAAGAGCCCCGACGUUGUGCCCUGCACCAGCACACUGCUUGACCGGAGAAAGGGUGGGGGCGCUCACUAUGACCUGAGGCGACCGCAGCCACCCGUGCCGCCGGCCAUGCCCAGUAUUUCGGAGGCGGUCUCGAUCGCACCAAACAGCAGCCUGCCGAGGAGGCACGCGGCGAUGGACUACCAUGACCCCAGAAUAGGUCAUGGGGACAUGCACACGUUCAUCUCGUCGCCUAGCAUAGAGAUGUUUCCGUCGCGGCUCUCCGAGCUGCCCGGCUUCCCGAAGGCACCGGCCCUGUCCAGCGAGCUGUACCGGCCGUAUGACUCGAUGGACGCCUCCGAGAGCGACGCCAAGGAGCUGGACGUCUCGUGCCAUGAGAGUGUGGUGUGACCGGCGCCGGGACGUGGCCGCGGCUGCCGGACGCCAGCUGAGGUGCACGGCGCCGGCCGGUCGUGAGCAGUGGGGGAGGGGGAAGGGGGGGGGGGGGCUGCCACCGAAGCCGCGUGGAAGGGAGCAAGGGCAUGCAGGCGCUGGCGCUGGAAAGUACAAGCGCUGGCGCUGGAACACACAGGCGCUGGCGCUGGAGCACGCAGACGCUGGAGCGGGGAGCACGACAGGACGACCUUGGCGGACGUCGGACGUGACAGGAUGCACUGCUUCAGGAAGCGCCGCUGGGGCACCUCUCGGCGGUGCACGGAGCGUCGUGGAGCCUGGCCGCGGCCGGCGGGGGUCAGCAGGUCAGCCCGGCGAGCGGACCGCGACUGCGCGAGCACUGGUGCUGUGAACAGAUCAUGGUGGACUUCGACCGCGUGUGACGCGAGCGGACGGACGACGCGUUGAUGCUGAACUGGCUGUGUGAAAGGACGGUGUUGGUGGACUCGUGCCGAGCUCGGGCGGCGCGCACUGAGAACGGCGCCCGAGAGGCAUGGCCAAAUGCUUGCGGAUGAACACCUGGCCAUUGACGAGGCAUGAAGGCUCAUCUGAUGUCAGUUACCCGGGCCCGGUGGUUGACCAGGGAGGGGAAAUGUGAUAAUGACCAGGUGCUGGGGCGCAUAACUGCUUGUUGAAUCGCUGGAAGGUCGUUAUAGUGUUUUACUCGUCACAGUGGGUUUAAUGAUAUGUUUUAUGUUGGCGCGCAACCAUUUACAUGUCGCGACUAAUGCAUAUAUUACAUCAUGCUUCGAUCUACGUUUUAAUCGUAUUUAGGGUAAAUGUAUAUGAAAUAACAACCUUGUUGGGCGAAACACGCAUACUUAACUGAUUCGUGGCCAUCUAUUACCGUCUGAGAAUUACCUUCUUGCAAUACUUAAGUUCAAGUAUCAUCUAGGGAAUCAAUCCAGCGUAUAUGUGCUUCAAAGCACGUUGUUGGCCUUUGGCUUGUACCGACGGGCUUGUUCUGUGUACCUUUAUACGUUGAUGUACUGUCUUAUGUACGCGAUACUCACAAUACAUGCGGAAUCAUGUCAUCGUACAGGAA